CUCCAUCCGGGUACCGGGAGCUCAGGUUGUUUGUUUAUUGCAUUCCGGGGGGCGGCGGCGGCUCCCCGCUGAGGGAGAAAAGAGCGCGCGCUGCCAGCCGCGAGCCAACGGCUGCACCUUCUUCCUGCCCACGCGCUGGGUUUUUCAGAGAGCUGAAAAAUGUCUGGAUUUCUUGAGACCAUGAGAUGCUCAGAGUGUGUUGACUGGGGAGAAAAGCGAAAUACAAUUGCAUCAGUUGCUGCUGGUGUGCUGUUUUUUACAGGGUGGUGGAUUAUCAUAGAUGCAGCUGUUAAAUAUCCUCAGAUGGAAGACUUCAACCAUUCAUACCAUGCUUGUGGAGUUAUAGCCACUAUUGCAUUCCUAAUGAUCAAUGCAGUAUCCAAUGGACAGGUCCGUGGUGACAGUUACAGUGAAGGCUGUCUUGGGCAAACAGGUGCUCGCAUCUGGCUGUUCAUUGGUUUUAUGAUGGCUUUUGGAUCUCUGAUUGCUUCCAUGUGGAUCCUCUUUGGAGGCUAUGUUGUUAAAGAAAAACCACUAGUGUACCCAGGAAUAGCUGUCUUUUUCCAGAAUGCAUUUAUCUUUUUUGGAGGGCUGGUCUUUAAAUUUGGCCGCACCGAAGACUUGUGGCAGUGAAUAUGUCCACAGAAGUGAAUCAAGCCCUAUGAUUUUUUUACGGCACACACCUGAUUUUUUUUUUUUGGCAAUACGAUUUUGUAAAUGCUAGCUCGUAAUUAUUUCUGAGGAUAAAAAGUAAAAUAUAAAAUCAGGAGGCAAUAAAAUUUCCAUUUUCUGUUCUGUUUAACUUUUUUUUUUUUUUUUUUACUGUUCUUAGAUGUUGGUUUUGUGUUCAAGCGUAUUUGACUGAAAUGUAAAACUAAUAGGGAAAGUGUAACAAUGGAAGACACUCUUGUGAUAUGUUUUACAAAUAACUGUAGAGAAAUGAUGGCUGUAUUUAACCAAGCAUUCUGCACUGUAUCUGAGGUCUAAAACUGCAAUUAAAAGUACUUUAAAACUUUUAUACUUAUUUAUUACAACAUGGUAUUUCCUGUAUCUGAUAAUUGAACAAUAUAAACAUAUCUUGGAUUUCAGAACUGUGUGGCACUUUUUCACAAUGUAUAUUAUACUGCCUCGUUUUGUUUUUAUGUGAAAAUAUUGGACCAGUCAUACUGAGACUGUUCAAAAAUUUACAAUAAAAAUAGUUAUUGGUGUGUAAGA